GUGAUGUGUGCCAGAGCAAUGGGCACUCUGUUACACGCCACGGGCAGGAAAUGAGGGUUUAGAUUUUUCCUCCGACGACUUUUCCUUAAAAAAUAGAACUCCACAGCAUUCCUACCCUCCUUCUAGUGGACGGCUGGAGUAUACGAGGGGCUAUUAUAGCGAAGGGAAUACAAGGGGAGUGGCAAAGGCACAACCAAGGGAGCGCUUCUGGGGAGAGACACUGUGUGGUACUACGCUUGGGAUUUGUACAUAACAGAACAGCAUUGCAAGUUGUCUGAGGUCCUUCACCCAAAAUGGCCUACCUGUUGAUGUUCAUCACUCUACUGCAUCUGGUCACACUCGCUGUUCUCUUCAUCGGCACCAUGGAAAAGUCCUGGUGGGUUUGGGAUGGCGGUGACAGCUCAGACUUGUGGUAUAACUGCAGGUUUGAUAAUGAAACUGAGGCCUGGUUCUGCGCCUCCUCCAGCAACAACGAUUGGCUGCAGGCUGUCCAAGUGCUAAUGGUGUUGUCUGUGGUCUUCUCGUCCGUGUCCUUCCUCAUCUUCUUGGGGCAGCUCUUCACCAUGUCUAAAGGGGGGCUAUUCUACAUCACAGGCCUCUGCCAAGUCUUCUCUGGUCUGACAGCGGGCUCGGCGGCCCUCAUCUAUACUCUGCACAACAAAGAGAUCCUUCAGGACGCGCGGGAGUUGAGCGCGGGACACUUCGGCUACUGCUUCAUCCUGGCAUGGGUGUGUGUGCCCCUGCUGCUGUGUAGCGGCAUUGUGUACAUACACUUACGCAAGAAAGAGUAGACACACACACACACACAUAAAAGGUCAACACACACACCCAAACACACACACACACACACACACACACACACACACACACACACACACACACACACACACACACACACAAAGGUCAACACGCACGCGCACACACACACACAUACACACACACACACACACAAGGCGGUUCAAUGAAAAGUUACUGACAUUAUGAACUUUGAAAGUAUUUUUUUAUUCCGUAUCUUAAUGCUGGUCUUUUGUGGUAUUUUUUGGAAUGGUAUUUUUUUGUCUCUGGACUCAGCAAAGAAGACUAUGCUAGUACAAAGUAAUUUUUUUUAGAAAUUAAGAAAUACUCCAUGACUGUAUGCUUUUUUAUUCUUCUACAUACCAAAGGACAAGUGUUAAUCAUUUACAUCCCGGAUGGGGGUCAGCUCUAUGUUCCCACAGCCCACUGGUCCCACGGCCCAAAGGGUCCCACAGCCCAUAUGGUCCCAGCUUAUUCCUGCUGCUCCAUGUUCCCAUGUUUAAGAAAUUAUUCAAAUAUAGGCCCUAUGGUCUACAACUCCAUGUUCCCACAUUUCCAAGUAAACUAAGAGAACCAAUAGGCCUAAAAAAUAAUGUUAAAAAUCCUAGUGAUGUGGGACCAAUGGGCUAUGGGACCAAUGGGCUGUGGGAACAUAGACACGCUCCCCAGGGAUGGGCAUGGGCAACUGGAGGCCUGGGGGCCACCUUCUCACUCUCAUAGCGCGUUCAGGCCGACUGAGAACCGUGCUGGAGCCCGUUCCCGCACCUAAUCGUGCACCGGCUGUCGUGUUCACGCCACAGAUAUUGACGUUCGCGAACCGGAAAGUUGGUUCGCAAUGCGAACCGCAAAAUACUAGGUUUUUCUCUGCGAACCGUGACGACAGCGUGGCCGUCAGCAGGUUCAUCCGGGUAACAAAGUCACGUGCGGAAGAAGUUCAGAGCCCGGUAUGAACACCGGCGGUUAGCAAACAAGCACUUUGGUGCGGAACGUAACUGGUGCGGGCACCGACACCGGCUCCGUUCUGGUCGGCCUGAAAGCCCUAUCAGUGUGGGCCAUAGACUAACAUAAAAAAUAUUUUUUUUGUAUCCUUACGAAAUCAAUUGUUUUUAUCCUUACGGAAUCACUUUUGUAGAUUCUCGCAAGGGCGUGGUCAUGUGGUCCUGCCCUCCAAUGGUGCUGAUAAACAUCCUUUAGAUGAAAAUGGUUCCCUACCAGUGAUUUAAAUGUCCAUGACGGAAUACAAAUUAAGUCUGCUGCUUCCUUGACCGUUGUAGAAAACCUUUUGAUUGUUUCAGAAAUGUUGUAUUUUGCCUAAAUAAAACAACCAAUCGAAAAUGUC